UUCAUGCCACGAACCUUAUAUAAGCACGUGUAUUGAGAAAUGAGAAGCCACAGGUCAGUUGGGAGGUUUCCGAGAGCCAAUUCCUCAGGUGAAAUCACUUCGCACGGCGCACGCUCUUAACUCCUGGCGAUGGCUCUCGCGCGAGGCAAAUGGGUCAAGCUUGAUCAACAUGGUACUGGGCCUGGGGCAAGGAGCUCUCAUGCCAUUGCCAUAGUAGGACAAAAGGCCUAUGUUUUUGGGGGUGAAUUCGCGCCACGUGUCCCGGUCGAUAACAAGAUCCAUGUCUUUGACCUUGAAACCCUAACAUGGUCUGUUGCCGAUGCUACUGGGGAUGUACCGCCACCACGUGUCGGUGUCACAAUGGUACCCAUUGGGAAAACCAUUUAUGUAUUUGGUGGUAGGGAUGUUGAACAUAAUGAGCUCAAUGAGCUCUACUCUUUUGACACGCUUACAAACAAAUGGACCCAACUCUCCACCGGGCCCGCUCAUCGGAGCUACCAUUCUACGACUGCCGAUGAUCGCCAUGUGUACGUCUUUGGUGGGUGUGGCGUGGAGGGCCGGCUUAACGAUCUAUGGGCCUAUGAUGUAGUUGAUCACAAGUGGGUCAAAUAUCCAUCCCCUGGGGACAAGAUCAAGGGAAGAGGUGGGCCUGGGCUGGCUGUGGCCCAAGGAAAAAUAUGGGUUGUGUAUGGCUUUGCUGGAAUGGAAAUGGAUGAUGUACACUACUUUGAUCCAGCCCGUGAAGAAUGGGCCCAAGUGGAGACUACGGGUGAAAAACCUACAGCCCGAAGCGUAUUUUCUACCGUUGGGAUUGGAAAAUACAUAUUUAUACAUGGUGGGGAAAUAGACCCUAGUGACCAAGGUCACAUGGGUGCCGGGCAAUUCGCCCCUGAGGUUUAUGUAUUGGACACUGAGUUGUUGGUAUGGAAAAGGUGGGACGAUGGGCCGAAUUCGGGCGAUCAUCCCGGGCCUCGCGGUUGGUGUGCAUUCACCGGUGGUAAGCGGGACGGCAAGGAGGGACUUUUGGUGUAUGGUGGCAAUUCACCAAGUAAUGACAGGCUUGAUGACAUUUUCUUUUUCACUCCUCAGUUAGAGGCAGAUGAUAAAUAAGCAUAAGCACAUGCACAACAUAAUGAUUUCAUGAUGGGUGUAUGUAUGGUGGUCAUGAGAGAAUGAAACUAAGAUUGUAUGGUAUGUGCUUAAUGUGGUUACGCGACCUAGGCUUGGCUUUUUAUGUUGGAAUAAGGUGAUGGGUGUAUGUGUAUGGUGGUCAUGAGAGAAUGAAACUGAGAUUGUAUGGUAUGUACUUAAUGUGGUUAUGUGACCUAGGCUUGGCUUUUUAUGUUGGAAUAAGGUAAUUAAUAUGUUGGCUUUAGACAUCAGGGGAUUUGGUUGUUUUAAGUAUGGUGUUUAUGUCCCAUCGAAUGAAUGAAGAAAACAAACUUUUGGUGUCA